AUGGCGGAGAUCCGGCAGAAAGCGCGCUGUCGUCCAAAGAAGAGCGACUCGUCUCCAGACGUUCCGCAACAACCAAAGAAGCAAGAUGACACCAGCCUCACCGUCAUCUUCGUUCCUGUGAAAGAGGAGACCAGAUUUACAGCGCUCAACAGCCUGAAGAUUUCCGAAGCCCUUGAGAAGCUCUGCCCAGAGUGCAUCAUCCAAGUGCGCCCCAACGAUCGGCUGAACCUGAUCGCUGUUGAUGUUCGCAACGGGCAGGCAGCGAAACCUCUACUGAACACUGCAAUGCUUUGCGGUGUUCCAGUAAGAGCCUACUCCCCACUGUCAGGGCCCAUUUCGUAUGGUGUCAUUCAAGGCGUCGACGCUGAAAUCACAGAAGACGAUAUUGCGCGCAAUCUUUGCGCUGAAGACACAUGCUGCAAGAUUGCCAACGAGCGGAGACUUGGACGCUCCCGCAUCGUGAAGGUCGCCUUCACCAGCACUAAGCUGCCAAGCUACGUGCUUCUAGGGCACGUUCGUUAUCCAGUCUCACCGUUCACAGACAGACCGUUACAAUGUCACAAUUGUAACGGAUUUGGCCAUAAGAAAAUCGCCUGCCAACGUCUAAAGGCCUGCUGCCGUUGUGGGCAACACCAUGACGGGACGGGUGCUGAAUGUCAGUCCACGACAGUGAAAUGCGCCAACUGCAGUGGAAAGCACCAAGCCACAUCACGUGACUGUCCAAAAUGA